CCCUGAGAGGAAGAGGAGAUUAAUAAAACCUCAGCUGAAGGCAGAAACUUCUGCCACGUCUUCAUCUUCCGCACCUGCACGGUCAACGGCGCUGAGACAUGCUCCACCUCAGAUGAACGGAAAAGCAGCGGAAACCUCCUCCCUCGUGCGGACUAGGAGCAAUAGGGGGGUAACAGAUGUGGCUGUGACAGAGCAACCCUCUACUUCUUCAGGAGCCAAGCCUUUAACGAUAAAGCCUUUAAUUGCAAAGCCUAAUACUACUGCAGGGUCAGGAAAGUCAGUACUGGAGAAUUCACCCAAACAUUCCAAGAACCAGAACACUGUAUCGAUACCUAGUCAAUCUGAUUACAGUCAUAAUACUAGGAAUAACUCCACAAGAGAAAACCCUGAGAAAGAGAAGCAAAUCAAGCGCAAAGUGAAAUCUUGCCCUGUUAACCAACCAGCAGACUGCAAGAAUAAUGCUCUGGCAGCAGGAAGCGUUCAGGUAAACGGACACGGGGGACAGCCUUCGAAACCUCCGGUUAAAAGAGGCCCCGGACGGAAACCGAAGGUGGAGACUAACAAUAGUAGCUGUGAAGUGGUACACAAGAAAAGAGGCAGAAAACCCAAGAAGCUACAGGUUGCGGAACAGCAAAAGGUCGCGGAGCAGAAUACGAUCCAGACCGCGAGGGAUACACCGGAAGAAGCCUCUGCUUCUACUGCAUGCAAUUCUCUUUCUGAAAAUACUAUGAAGGAAGACUUGAUACAAAAAAAAGGCCGUGGGGGUAGAAAGCCAAAAAGAAAGAUAAAGCCCCAUCAGCCAGGCUCGGACCCUUCAGUUCCUGCGAAUGUUAAAAUGCAGACAAGGAGCAGGAGGAAAAAGAUAGGGGAGCCCAUGGAGGAGGGGUCUGAGGAGCUUAAAGAUUCUGAACCUCACAUGAGAACUAGAAACCAGGGUAGGAGGACAGCCUUUUACAAUGAAGAUGACUCUGAGGAAGAGCAAAGGCAGCUAUUGUUUGAAGACACCUCCUUAACUUUCGGAACGUCUAGCAGAGGCAGAGUCCGGAAGUUGACUGAAAAAGCAAAAGCUAAUUUAAUUGGUUGGUGAUUUUUACCAAGGGUUUCGCUUGGGAAUGCUACAAAGCAGGUACAGUUACGGAAGAGCAGAACAGACUUCUGCUUCCCUGCUGCUAUUAUGGGUUAGAAGAGUAUGUUCUGAUCUGGGGAGAAAAAAUUAGCAAAAAAUGAACUGAAAGAACGUUCUUUGAAAGAAAUAUAUAUUUUAAACUUUUGCUAUUUAUUGCCCUCCAAAUAGGUUAUGCAUUUCAACAGUCGAUUUUGUUCACAGUUGAGAAUAAUUGAAGCAAUUUCUGACUGACGUACAGCGUCGAGAACUGCUCUGCUCGAGUAGUGUCUGGUAUCUCUACACAGUUAAAACAAGGUGGUAGAACUUCAAACGCCACAACCCGUAAACAGAAGUCUAUUUUUGACCAAGCAAGGUACACUUUGAUUGUAAGGUCAAGUUGCCUAGGAAGGCAGAUUUUGGCAAAAAGUGGCAGAAAAUUCACUUACGUGUCUGUCAAAUACAAAAAUACCAAACUUUGCUAAUCUGAAAAUGCUUAAUUUCAGUUGUGAUGGAAGGUUCAUCUGCAAAAGAAGCCUAGGACAGGCUGUU